AUGUCUUCCUUGCGCGCUGAUCGGGACUCUGUCCAGCGAAGGUUGGACAGCGUACUGCGGGAGAACGCCACCCUGAAAGGUGACGUCGAGGCUCUGCACGAGGAGCUAUGCGACAUGAGGCGGGAGCUCAUGUCGUUAAAGAUGGCGCGCCUUAAAGCUCCCAGCGAUGCGGCAGGGCCGUCAUCACCCCCUCCACGUGCGGAUUCCCCUCCGCUUCCGCAGAGGGAACCGCGGCAGAGGCGACGCAAGCCCUCUCCGGCACCUCCCCGGAACCCCAACCUGAAGUCUGACCGGGGAAUGGAGAUCUCUCCCCCCCGUGAGAGGGAAAGGGAGGGGAACAGCGCGGCAAGCCCCCCGUCAAGUCCACGCACUCGGCGAGGGAACGGGGAAGGUCCUGUAGUGCAGCCCUUGGGAUUAAAGGACUUUGAGUCUCUCCUAAAGGCUCACCGCAGGGAGACGGACAGGCAACUGACCGAACGCCUGGCCAUAUUUUAUGACCAAGUGGUAAAUCGCCUGUCCGUCCGCCCUCGGCUUGGGGGAGAUCCCCCCAAAAAGAAGGCUGAGGAAGGUGCCUCGGCAGAGGCAGGAAGCAGCGGCCCAGCUGCGCUGAGCGCAGCGCAAGCGCCGGCCUCCGUACCCUUUGCUAAAGCAGGAGACAGCGCCUCCAGCAAGAAGGCCAAAAAGAAGGGAAAGAAGGCGAGGGGCGGGAGGAAGGACGGCGGCGGCGGACAACGGCCCGGGGCCGGGGUGGUGGCCAAGGCCACCCCACAGACAGAAAGGGCCGUCACCCCAAACUCCUGCCUUAACACCGCCUAG